AUGAAUUUUUCAAGUGUUCAAGAUUUAGCAGCUAAAAAUUUCUUAUUCUCAAAUAAUUCUCCUCAAAAAAUGUUUAUUCAAACCCUUGCUUCAUUCCACCCUAAGCAAGCUCUGAUAACAUCUCCCAAUAAGAAAUUUUAUUUUGACGCAGCUCCAAGCAUUUUUGAUAGAGAAAAAGCUUCAAAUUCUUAUAUAUCGACUUCAAACGUUUUCUCAGAUUUUUAUAAUGCAACUUAUCGUUUAAUAGCGUUUUAUAUAUUUCUGUUACUGUUUACUGGCAAAAUUCUGGAUUUAGCAAAUAGAGGCACCAAGCUGAUUAUUAUAGCUGGUCUCAUAGCAAAAGUUUAUUGUGUUGCCUGUGGUUCUGGCUCUUUCUCAUACCAAAACAUAUUAUGUUUAUCAUAUUGUCCUACAGGAUAUUUACAAAAUACAGGCACAAAUGCCUGCGAUUUAAACACUCUUCUUGCGCUUACCAUAAAUUUAGAUAAUAAGAUUAUUCUUGACCAAAGAGGAGGGGUUUUGGUAGGAAAUUCGAUAACUAAUACUUAUCCAACUUAUGAUGCAAAUGAUCCUUAUCCAGUUAAAUCGAGAGGCUACUACUUUACAUCUAAUAGUUAUUUAGCAUAUCCUUUUAUGCUUGCUCCAACAUUUUCAAUUGCUGUUUGGCUAAAGGCUUUAUCAGAAGGAAUAGUUCUAGUCAAGCAUAUACCAUCAUACCAAUGGAUUUUGGAAAUUUCCUCAGGAUAUCCUACGCUUUCCCUGCUUAUGUCAGAUUCUUUAACUACAAUUUCAGUAGCAGGAAGCUCUAAUGUCCUGAAUGGAUGGUCCUUUGUCUCAUUUGAUGGCUACAUAAAUCCUGACGGGACCACAACAAUAAGCUCUUAUAUUGAUGGAUCAUUCUUACAAUCUUUCACAACAGCAACUGCAUUGUAUAUGCAAGACAGCGUUUCAGGAAAUGUAUACAUAGGAAAUGAUUUUAUUGGAUUUACAGGCUUUAUUUGGAAUAUGAGAGUUUAUUGCUUAAAUAAUCAUUACUUAGAUGAAUGGCGAACACCAGGAUGCACAUCACCCUGCACAAAAUGUCCAGCUGAUUUAAGUUGUCCAAGUGAUUGUCCUUUAGAUAAGUAUAUUGAUGGCUCAUCUUGUAAAGACUGUAAAACAAGCUGCAAUAAGGGAUGCGUAAGUUCUGCUACUUGCAAUUUAUGUUUGACUAAAGAAUGCGCUACAUGCACAGCAUUUUCAGGGACAGACUCAUGCUUGACUUGUAUUACAAAUGCUGUUAGUGAUGGAUCAGGAGGCUGCGCUUGUGAUACAUAUGCAUUUUGAAUAUCUCUAACUCAGUCAUGUGAAAGAUGUGAUGUGCUUUGCCAGAAUUGCCUAAAAACAACUUAUUUUGAAUGCUCAUUUUGUACAGGAAGCUAGUUGGAAAUGUCUGUCUAAAUGACUGUCCUUAUGGGUUUGGUGGGUCUUGUUUGCAUGUAGCAACCCCUGUAAUAGAUGAGUCUUUCAAUAUAGAUUUUCAAGGCUUAUAUGGAGUUUUGACAACAGGAACCAGUUCAUCAUCUUUUCAGUUUUUUAA